AUUGUCUGAGGCGCACCUAGCUGUAGCUUGUCUCCUUCCUCUUUCUACUCAUUCAUUAAUUUAUUAACCAAGACGAUGGAUAUGAAGCAGCGUUAAAGUCUUUAUUUUAAGGCGUGCUGUCCCAGCUCUUUUCCUGUCUCUCAGGGACCCUCAGCCUGCUCUCCCUCUGUGCUAAAACAACUUCUGCACUCACCAUGGCCCAACAACAACAGAUAAGUCUACCAGCCAAACUGAUCAAUGGAGGGAUUGCAGGCAUGGUAGGAGUCACCUGUGUGUUCCCAAUCGACUUGGCCAAGACGCGCUUGCAGAACCAGCGCAGUGGGCAGCAAAUCUACAAGAACAUGAUGGACUGCCUAGUCAAGACAGUUAAAUCUGAGGGCUACUUUGGCAUGUACAGAGGUGCUGCAGUAAAUCUAACCCUGGUAACCCCAGAGAAAGCCAUCAAACUAGCUGCUAAUGAUUUCUUUCGCCACAUGUUGAGCAAAGAUGGUGGUAAGUUGACAGUGUUCAAGGAGAUGUUGGCGGGAUGCUGUGCGGGGAUGUGCCAGGUCAUUGUCACCACACCCAUGGAGAUGCUCAAGAUCCAGCUGCAGGAUGCAGGCAGGAUAGCUGCCCAGCAGAGAGUGAUGCCCGCUGUUGUAACAACUCUGAAGAUGGGCAGGGCCAGCGCAGUUCUUAGCCGUUCCUAUAACACCAUCCCUGGGCCUCAAGCCAUGCGAACUUCUGCCAUACAGAUCACCAGAGAGCUGCUGAGGACCAAGGGUGUUACAGGACUAUACAGGGGUCUUGGGGCCACAUUGAUGAGGGACAUCCCGUUCUCCGUUGUGUACUUUCCUCUUUUUGCACAUGUGCACCAGCUUGGCCAGCAUUCAUCUGACGACCCAUCCGUCCCUUUCUAUUGGUCCUUUUUGUCUGGCUGCUUGGCUGGAUCCAUCGCCGCUGUGGCUGUCAGUCCUUGCGAUGUUGUCAAAACAAGGCUCCAGUCGCUCAGAAAAGGAACUAAUGAAGAAACGUACAGUGGCGUGGUGGACUGUAUCAGGAAGAUCCUGAGAAAAGAGGGUCCUGGAGCUUUCCUCAAGGGAGCUACUUGCCGGGCCCUUGUCAUAGCCCCGCUCUUUGGCAUUGCACAGGUUGUGUACUUUGUGGGUGUUGGAGAGUUCCUGCUGGGGUACACACCCUACAACAUCUGCUCUGCAUAAAAAAAAAAAAGCUGUUUCCAACCUUUGCUGGUUUAUUAAAUUACAGCAGCUAUGCCCCGAGCGUAGCAAUGGAUCCAGCUCUUUGUGUACCUUCUUUAUUGUUGGAGGUUUCGAGUAAAAUGCUAAAUGGAUCAUAGAUAUGCCAUUCAUUUUAAAAUGGUCUAAAAAUAUGACUUUAGCAUGAAGAUCUCUUUUUUUAAUUAAGAGACUGAGGUUGAAGUUUACCAGUCUGUGCUUCACUGGAUCUUUCUGGGAGACAGAGCUUUCCUCACCUGCCCAGAGCUCUGCUUCAGGGGCACCAGACUAUUCACUGCUUUCUCAGCUUUACUCCAUCACCUGCCUUUCAUUGCAACCCUAAUCUGGUUUUCCAUCUAACUGCUCUAUCUUGGCAACUAUGAGGUGAUGGUAUUUAAUGUUAUGAAGAGACAUAACUGUGCCAAUUAGCAUAAAACAAUAGUGGUCGAACAUUUUUACUUCACUUCCGUCCUGUUUUAAGAGGAUAAAUAAAAAAGGGGCAUAACCUCGUCCCAAAUUCUGUCAUCUAGGGAUGAUGGUUUAGAAAAGAUGAAGAAGAAAUGUUUGGUCAAGAGGUCUCCUGUUCCCCAUUCUCGCACCACAUACACAACUGUGAUUGAUCUAAAGUGAAUUUUAGUUUUGAGCGCGCACUGCGAGUCUCUUCUACACAACUCUGUGUAUUUUUUGUUUGUGUUUUUUAACUCUGCAAAUAAAGCCCAACAAGGCCA